CAUUUGCACACAGAGGGUUUUAUUGUUUGUGUUGUGUGGUAGCCAAACAAGCGUGUUACUUGUUGAAUAUUCGAUACUUUUGCUCGACAAAUGUGUGAUAAAUACACACGAUUUUACUCAAUGCUCAAAUUUGUUAGUCUAAUUAUUGUGGUGAAAAAGAUGCUGUUCAUUUGAAUGUUGUUUAGUUACAAGUAAAUCAGUCGAAAUGGAGGUGAACACCGAAACAGAUGCAACGCUUAAAGAGCGGGUCAAUGAUAUUCUCGACAGUUUGAAUGCGUUACCCGAUGGUGACGAUAUUGACGUGAACAAAUGUGAUAUUUUAUUUACAAUCAUAUCAAUUGCCAGCCGCGUUAUGAGCAUCAUUUCCACUUUGCUGUUGGCAUUACAUUAUUUCCAUGGUGACAAAGUUCAUCACUUCACAUGGACCAUGUGCUGUUUCAUCAUUCCAAUGUUUGUCACGAUGUUUCUUCAAUUGUCGAUCUAUUCUGAGGAUCGAAGAGAAGGAGCAAUUCGGAAAUUGAAUAUUUUCGAAAUCUUUUGGUCGGUCAUCAUUUUUCCAAUCGUAUUUCGGUACUGGAAAACACUGAUUUACACGCUGAAAUGUAAGCGAGCCGAAUUUCGAAAUGAUCGAGAAGAGCAGAAGAAGUGGUAUGCCCGGCUAGUCAAUGAAGACAGUGAUGUGGCUCUUGUGAGAAUAUUCGAAUGUUUCUUAGAGGCAGCUCCGCAGAAAAUACUCCAAAUUUCGAUUAUUUUGUCUGGAGAAGAGAAAAUCAGCACUCCACAAAUGUUGAGCUUGUGCAGUUCAAUGUUUAGCAUGGCUUGGUGUAUCGCUUCAUAUCAUCGCUGUAUUCGACUAUCUCAAUUGGAUAAAAUUAACAUUUCAUGGAUUGGAAGCAUUGUGCAGUCGAGUUGGCAUUUAACCAUUACUGUAUCUCGAAUUUUAUCCAUAGCGAUAGUAGCGAGUUUGUUUCCAAAGCUGACAUUGCUGUGUUUCUCAAUUCAUGCAAUCCUAAUGGGACUAUGGGUAUUCAUUUUCGAUCGGUCACCAUUCUGUUCGAAUUCAUUGAUUCACAGUUUGUUUUUCUCGCUCAUUUUGGGCUUUGUGUUCAUUUUCAAUUAUAUUCUGCCAAAAGCACGACCGACUCGCUAUCGUUACGCCACAUUCUAUUCGAUUUGCUUUCUGGAAAAUAUCAUUUGUGUGGUUCUCUAUGUGACAUUCUCGAAAGAAGAAGACAAACAAGAAGACUAUUUCCUUAUCCUGUGCAUUAUGUCAAUCGUUCCAUUCAUUGUGGGUGUAUUUUUCAUGGUACUCUACUAUUUAUGGUUUCACCCAAAUCUGGUGAGCCGUCGCAUAUACCACGAUGAAGAAAGAGAAAAAGAAAUGCAGAUAUUUUCAUCGUCAGCUGAUCCAGCCGCACCAGUAUCGACAGCAUAGUUUCACGUGCAUUGGAGCCGGAGCAUCCAACAGAAGACACAUGUCUUGUAUUGACAUCAUCAUCAUUCAUAUUCUGUAUUAUUCGACAGUAUUUUUGAUAGGAAAACUAAUUGUAACGAACGAACAAACUUCUUGAAAUGAAAUAAAGACCAUAGUACAAA